AUGGAAUCCCCACGUCCGAAAGGCAUCGUUGUCUUUGGUGGUGGAACCGCAACCAACAGUCUAGUUGACGUGCUCAACGAUCUCCGCGAAAGUAGAAGAUGCUCACUGAGCUACAUCAUCCCCAUCAGUGAUAAUGGUGGCAGUUCUUCUGAGCUAAUUCGGGUAUUUGGGGGUCCUGGUAUUGGUGAUAUUCGUUCUCGUCUUGUUCGUCUCAUCCCCAAAGUAGACUCAAAUGCAGAUUUAGCAGCCACAAAAGCACUGUUCAACUACCGCCUCUCCAAAGAUCCUGAAAAGGCACGCUCUGAAUGGCUGGAUAUCGUGGACGGAAGGCACGAAUUAUGGGAACAAAUCUCGAGCGACAAACGUGAGCUCAUCAGGAGCAUCUUCAACAUGGUCAAUAUGGAGAUCGUAAAAAGAGCUAGACCGAGUUCAACCUUCAACUUUGGCAAGGCGGCCGUUGGGAAUUUGUUCUUGACUGGCGCCCGCAUCUUCACUGGCUCUCUUGAAUCUUCUAUAUACUUGCUAUCGCAAAUAUGUUCCAUCCCACCUUCAACGUCAGUUCUUCCAGCUAUCAACACAAACUUCUCCCAUCAUAUUUCCGCUGGACUGUCGGACGGCACCAUAAUCACCGGUCAGAAUGCUAUUUCACAUCCCAGCGAGCCUACUGCCCUGCCCGACGCCAAUGGUGCCGCCACCGCAGAAGCGGCCGCUGUAUCAACGACGGAGGAUACGGACGCACAUGAUCUCAUAGAAGACGCCAAUCUACCUGGAAGUUUACCAACGCUGCGGAAGCAAUACAUCGAAUUCUCCAAAUCCGGAGAAGAUGAUUUGUCCUGCAGGAUCAAGAGAGUCUGGUAUAUCAAUCCCUACGGCCAUGAAAUACGGCCACGUGCAAAUCCGAAAGUUGUCGAGGCUAUCGAGCAAUCCAACGCGGUGAUCUACAGCAUUGGAUCCCUCUACACAUCCAUUGUACCGAGUUUGGUACUGCGAGGCGUCGGACAGGCGAUCGCGAACUCGGGAGUCCGACACAAAGUGCUUAUCCUCAACUCCAGCAAUGAUCGCGAGACAGGGCCCAGCACCAGCCCUUUCACGGCGGUGGAUUUCGUCAAAGCUAUAACGUGCGCCGCUGCAGAGAGUCAAGGUGAAGUCGACAACAACGGCCGUCUCAGCGAAGUGAGAAGAUAUGUCACCCAUCUACUGCACAUGGAAGGCGAAGGCACACCAGUCGUAGACAAAGAGGCGUUGGCCAAUCUCGGCGUGGACUGCAUUCGGGUUUAUGGACGCAAAAUCGACGGUGUCCUCAGGUAUGACGAACAGGGGUUGAAGAGCGCAUUAGAAGCAAUUCUUGGCAGGACAGAGAGGGGCAGGAGUCGAAGAAACACGAAGCAGUAA